UUCCGUCUUCCUCUCUGGCGUCCAUCUUGCUCUCCGCGCGUGUCUGCUGUUAGCAUACAGAUGAGAGAAACGAUAAUGAAUCAAGAGAAAUUGGCUAAACUGCAGGCGCAAGUGCGCAUCGGCGGAAAGGGUAGUGCUCGGCGAAAGAAGAAGGUGGUGCACAGGACGGCCACGGCCGAUGACAAGAAGCUGCAGUUCUCUUUGAAGAAGCUCGGCGUCAACAACAUCUCCGGCAUCGAAGAGGUCAACAUGUUCACCAAUCAGGGCACAGUGAUCCACUUCAACAACCCCAAAGUGCAGGCAUCGCUCGCCGCCAACACAUUCACAGUCACGGGCCACGCCGAGACCAAGCAGCUCACCGAAAUGUUGCCGGGCAUCCUCAAUCAGCUCGGCGCCGACAGCCUCACUAGCCUCAGGAGGCUCGCCGAGGCGCUACCCAAACAAGCCCCGGAUGGUAAAGCGCCGAUCGCCACUGUAGAAGAGGAAGAUGACGAAGUCCCAGAUCUGGUUGAGAACUUUGACGAGGCUUCCAAAGACGAAGCAAACUAG